AUGAAGGAAGCUACCCAAGCGCGGAUCCAACAAGUACUAGAAGUGGAGAUCGUGGAUCAAGGAUCGCAGGAAUAUCAGGGUGUCGACCACUUGAUGAAGUAUUUGGUCGGGGAGAUCCGAGAUCUGACACAAGAAGAGGCUAAGAUGUUUGGAUCUAUUGCUAUGAAUAAUGAAGUGGAUCAGUUGGAUCUACCCUUCUAUUGCCCGACGAAUAAGGAAACCGCUGCAGAUCGACUGGCGAUACCUGAGACGCUUAAACGGGACAUCUUACAUCACUAUCACACGAGCCUACAGGGAGGCCAUCAAGGGAUCGGUCGCACCUACGAUCGGAUCCGUGAUCAUUUCUACUGGGGAGGGAUGUACAAGAGUGUACAGCGAUAUGUGGGAGAAUGUGUCGACUGCGAAACAGGCAAAGGACGACCCCGGAUCCAGGGCGAGUCACCUGGUAACCUUCAGGCGGCAUACCCAUUCCAGAUCAUUGCCAUGGAUCACAUACCUUCAUUGCCUAGAUCCUUCAAUGGCAACACCGAAUUGCUGAUCUUCGUGGAUCUAUUCUCGGGAUAUGUGAUCGCCAAAGCCAGCGCCUCUAGAUCCGCUCAGACAAUCGCCGAGACCUAUGAGGAAUGUUUCUUCCGCCGAUUUGGCGCGAGCGAGGUGAUCCGGCACGGUCGGGAGCCAGGCUUUAUGUCUGACUUCUUUAAGUCUUUCAACAAGAUCCUGGGACAACGCCAACGGGCUACCAUGGCUUAUCGACCCCAAGCUAAUGGAUCCGCAGAACGUAUGGUCCAGACAACUACCAGGGCUCUUAAGAUGUAUGUGGAGGAUCUAGAUAAACGAGAUUGGGACGAGUAUGCUGAGCGACUCACCUUCGCGAUCAGCACUGCAAGAGAUCGGAUCCGAGGUGAAACCCCUUUCAACAUGAUACAUGGCUGGGAUCCAAGAUCUACCUUGGAAGCAGUAAUCCCGGUGGGGGUACUCGCAGGCAUGAUCGAGAUCCGAGAAGAUGGCAAUAUCGGAUGCAAAAAACAAGUGAACCAACGUUUACGCAAGGCGAUCGCGGAUCGGGCCGAUGCGCAUAAUGAUCUAGUACGUCCUCAUCCUGUAGAGUCUGGAUCAAGGGUCUGGUUGUACCUAGAUCGAGUGCGUGAGGGAUAUGCAAAGAAGCUGGCGCAUUUGUGGCAUGGCCCAUUCCACGUCGCGGGAUAUGCAAAGAAGCUGGCGCAUUUGUGGCAUGGCCCAUUCCGCGUCGCUGAAAAGAUUGGGGAAUACGCAGUGAGGUUGGAAGUCGCAGGAUCAACAUACAGCAUUUUCCCUGUAGUGCAUGUUUUGGAGAUCAAACUGGUCAAGAUGUUCCCAGAUCGACCCAUAGCUCGUCUUAAUGAGGAGGAAGGAGGUCGUGUGGACUUCGAUGAGGCCCUCCUACCGUAUGAGGACGGGCAAGAUGACUAG